CAUUCUCUGUUUCUAGAAUUAAUACAAGGAAAAAAAAAUUAAUUUAUUUUUAAAAUUACGGAGUACAUAGAUCAGUAAAAUCAGUCAUAGUAAUCGUACUUUAUAAAUACACUUAAAGUCGAAAAAUUAGCAUUAUCUAAGAAAACCGCUCUAAAACAUUUCUCAUUCCCAAGUCACACACCCGCUGAAUUAGUCCACUGAAGUCUGAAAACAGUAAAAUAAAAAACAAUAGAAAGUGAAAAAGAUUGAAAUCAAAAAAAGAAAAAAAGACAAUCUCAAAAAAAAAAUUUAUAAAAAAAAUUAAUUUACAGUGAUCAGACAAAGAAAGUCUAAAGAAAUUCUUUUUAAUUUUCCACUAUAAUUAAUUUUACUUUAAUUUUUAUCAUUUUCAUCACCUAUUUUUUCUCUCUCUUCCCCAUCCCCAGCCCCCAACUGUUCCUCCCACAUUUCUCAUUUACUAUAUUCCCUCCGAUUUAGGGUUUCUCUCUCUCUUUCUUACACUCUUUUUUUUCUCUCUCCUCCAUUUUUUCCUCUUGCUAUGAUUCCUUGCUGACCAACAUGUUCUCUUUCACAAAUUUAAUGCUAAAACACCUCCAUAGUUGAGGUGGUCGCAAUAAGCAUAGAGGUAGCAACAUUAGUGAUCUGUGACAUUUCUCAAUUUUUGCUUUAGAAUGGAUGAUAGUGGGCAUCGUGAGAACGGUAGACAUAAGCCCGAAAUGUAUAAGCCACCACAUAGUCAGUGGUUGAUGCAACAACCACAGUCAAUGAAGCAUAUAAUGUCCAUUAUGGCUGAAAGAGAUGCUGCGAUCCAAGAGAGAAAUAUGGCCAUUAAUGAAAAGAACAAGGCCUUGGAAGAGAGAGACAUGGCAAUUAUGCAACGAGAUACUGCUAUGCAGGAAAGAAAUGAAGCCUUUAUGGAGCGGGAUAAUGCACUAGCAACACUCCAGUUUCGACAAAAUUCUAUGAACGGUAGUAACAGUUGCCCACCCAGUUGCCAAAUUUCACGUGGUGUGAAACACAUGCACCAUCCUCAGCAACAUAUUCAGCAUCCUCCUCAUGUGGGUGAAGCUUCUUAUGAUGGAAGAGAAAUUCAGGUACCAGAUGCACUACCAUUGACUUCUGUUGCUCCUGAGAGCGCAAAACCCCGGAAAGUAAAACGGACGAAAGAACCUAAUGCAGCAUCCCCAAACAAGAAAACAUCGAAAUCCGGACGCAAGGGUAAGAGAGAAGGUGAGGACUUAAAUAAGAUUAUGUUUUCCAAACCUCAAGAGUGGAAGGGAAUGCCAGACAUGGAUGGAGAUGAUGGUUUUAAGCAACUGGGUGGGCCCAAGUCUGACUGGAAGGGCCCAGAUCUUGGCUUGAAUCAAGUAGCAUUUGACGAGUCAAAUAUGCCACCACCUGUUUGCUCUUGUACUGGGGUUUAUCGGCAGUGCUACAAAUGGGGCAAUGGAGGAUGGCAGUCCUCAUGUUGCACAACAACGAUGUCAGUGUACCCAUUACCUGCAGUACCUAACAAGCGGCAUGCCCGAGUUGGUGGUCGAAAGAUGAGUGGUAGUGCCUUCAGCAAACUACUAAGUAGGCUUGCUGCCGAUGGGCAUGAUCUUUCAACUCCAGUAGACCUCAAAGAUCACUGGGCUAAACAUGGGACAAAUCGCUACAUCACCAUCAGGUAGUGCAAUAUAGAUUUAGAGAUUUGAAUUGAUUAGAUCCAUUUAUAUGUAGUAGUGGAUGCCAGAUACAAGGGAGGGUUUGAAUUGGCGGAUUUGAAGACAAUUAUCAUUACUUGAAUCUCUUUCCUGAGGCCCAUGGUUGUGUUCAUAAAUUACUACCUCCUCUUGCUUGGCUUGGGGUCUAACUGUGGAGCUUAUGAACUGGUAAAUGCAAUUGUAAGAGAGCAUGGCCUUCAACUCGGCACUUCUUGUGACGUGGUACAUGUAAAGCAGCUAUUUAGUGUUUGAAGGUAUCUGUAAUGGUGGGCGUAGUGUUAAGGUAAUUGUAACAUCCUUCUUUUAUGAGAAAAAGUUGCUUUGUCAACAUUAUAAAGGGCUAGUUGGAAAAUUGAAGUUCAUGUUUUCUGCUCGUUUUAUUUUUUUAA